CGGGGAUGCGCGUGGCGGCGCCUCUGUUUCUUAGCUGACGCCCGAGUUUUGCCGCGGUCGGGCUUCCGCCCCGGCCGGGAUUCCACGCCGCGGGACGAGAUGCUCAGGUCCAAGACGUUCUUAAAGAAGACCCGCGCGGGCGGCGUAGUGAAGAUCGUGCGCGAGCACUACCUGCGGGAUGACAUCGGCUGCGGCGCGCCGGCUUGCUCGGCCUGCGGUGGCGCGCACGCGGGCCCGGCCCUGGAGCUGCAGCCCCGCGACCAGGCGAGCAGCCUCUGCCCGUGGCCGCAUUACCUUCUGCCGGACACCAAUGUUCUGCUGCACCAGAUUGAUGUUCUGGAGGACCCUGCCAUCAGGAAUGUAAUUGUGCUACAGACAGUCAUGCAGGAAGUGAGAAACCGGAGUGCCCCCAUCUAUAAGCGAAUCAGGGAUGUGACCAAUAACCACGAGAAGCAUUUCUAUACAUUCACUAAUGAGCACCAUAAAGAAACCUACAUCGAACAAGAGCAGGGAGAGAAUGCCAAUGACAGGAAUGAUAGAGCCAUCCGAGUAGCAGCAAAAUGGUACAACGAGCACCUGAAGAGGGUGUCAGCAGAAAGUCAGCUACAAGUUAUCCUGAUAACAAAUGACAGGAAGAACAAAGAGAAAGCUGUUCAAGAAGGAAUACCAGCUUUCACAUGUGAAGAAUACGUAAAGAGCCUGACUGCUAACCCUGAACUUAUAGACCGUCUUGCAUGCUUGUCCGAUGAAAUGAAUGAAAUAGAAAGUGGGAAAAUAAUAUUUUCAGAGCAUCUUCCCUUAAGCAAGCUCCAACAAGGCAUAAAAUCUGGUUCAUAUCUUCAAGGAACAUUCAGAGCUAGCAGGGAAAAUUAUUUAGAGGCUACAGUGUGGAUUCAUGGAGACAAAGAAGACGAAAAAGAGAUACUUAUACAAGGACUUAAGCAUCUAAACAGAGCUAUUCAUGAAGACAUUGUGGCUGUGGAGCUACUGCCCAGGGGUCAGUGGGUGGCACCGUCUUCCGUGGUUUUACAUGAUGAAGGUCAAAAUGAAGAUGAUGUGGAGAAAGAUGAGGAGAGAGAACUCCUGCUUAAGACUGCUGUAAGUGAAAAAAUGUUACGGCCUACAGGUAGAGUUGUGGGGAUAAUAAAAAGGAACUGGAGACCGUAUUGUGGCAUGCUUUCCAGGUCUGACAUUAAGGAGUCAAGAAGACAUCUCUUUACACCUGCUGAUAAGAGGAUUCCACGAAUUCGGAUAGAAACCAGACAGGCUUCUGCAUUAGAAGGACGGAGAAUUAUUGUUGCUAUUGAUGGUUGGCCCAGAAAUUCUAGAUAUCCAAAUGGACACUUUGUAAAGAAUUUAGGUGAUGUUGGAGAGAAGGAGACAGAAACAGAAGUUUUGCUGCUUGAGCAUGAUGUUCCUCAUCAGCCCUUUUCCCAGGCUGUUCUUAGCUUCCUGCCGAAGAUGCCCUGGAGCAUUACUGAGGAGGACAUGAAAAACCGAGAAGACCUGAGACAUCUGUGUGUUUGCAGUGUGGACCCUCCAGGAUGCACUGACAUAGAUGAUGCCCUGCAUUGUAGAGAGCUCAGCAAUGGAAACUUGGAGGUCGGUGUUCAUAUUGCGGAUGUUAGCCAUUUUAUCAGGCCAGGAAAUGCAUUGGAUCAAGAAUCUGCAAGAAGAGGAACAACUGUUUAUCUUUGUGAAAAGAGGAUUGACAUGGUUCCAGAGUUGCUCAGCUCCAACCUCUGUUCCUUAAGAUCCAACGUUGACAGGUUGGCAUUUUCCUGUAUUUGGGAAAUGAAUCAUAAUGCUGAAAUAUUAAAGACGAGAUUUACCAAAAGUGUCAUUAAUUCAAAGGCUUCUCUUACAUAUGCUGAAGCACAGAUGAGAAUUGAUUCGGCGGCUAUGAAUGAUGAUAUUACCACUAGUCUCCGGGGACUAAAUCAACUAGCUAAAAUUCUAAAAAAGGGAAGGAUUGAAAAGGGGGCUUUGACUCUGUCUUCUCCAGAGAUCCGAUUCCACAUGGACAGCGAAACUCACGACCCGAUCGAUCUGCAGACCAAGGAGCUGAGAGAAACAAAUUCCAUGGUGGAAGAAUUUAUGUUACUCGCUAAUAUUUCUGUCGCAAAAAAAAUUCACGAAGAGUUUUCUGAACAUGCUUUGCUUCGGAAACACCCAGCUCCGCCUCCCUCCAAUUAUGAAGUUCUUGUUAAGGCUGCUAAGUCCAAGAAUCUGGAAAUUAAGACUGAUACAGCCAAAUCUUUGGCUGACUCUUUGGACCGUGCUGAAUCUCCUGAUUUCCCAUACCUGAAUACUCUAUUGAGGAUACUGGCCACUCGUUGUAUGAUGCAAGCUGUGUAUUUUUGUUCUGGGAUGGAUAAUGAUUUUCACCACUAUGGCUUAGCCUCCCCCAUAUACACACAUUUCACCUCUCCUAUUAGAAGAUAUGCGGACAUAAUUGUGCAUCGGCUGCUAGCUGUAGCGAUUGGGGCUGAUUGUACUUACCCUGAGUUGACGGACAAACACAAGCUUUCACAGAUAUGUAACAACCUCAAUUUCCGGCAUAAAAUGGCUCAGUAUGCCCAGCGUGCUUCAGUGGCUUUUCACACGCAGUUGUUUUUCAAAAGCAAAGGAAUAGUAAGUGAAGAAGCCUAUAUUCUCUUUGUAAGAAAAAAUGCAAUUGUGGUGUUAAUUCCAAAGUAUGGCUUAGAAGGAACAGUUUUCUUUGAAGAAAAAGAUAAACCAAAGCCACGCCUUGCUUACGAUGAUGAGAUACCUUCACUCAGAAUAGAAGGUACAGUGUUCCAUGUGUUUGAUAAAGUUAAAGUGAAAAUCACAUUAGAUUCAUCAAAUCUUCAACAUCAGAAAAUCCGAAUGGCCCUCGUAGAACCACAGAUACCAGGAAUAAAUAUUCCUCCUGAUGUUUCAGACACAGAUCUUAAUGGGCGAGGGGGAAAGAAGAGGAAACUUGAGAAGUAGCUACAUUCAACAGAACACUUCAAAGACUGUCUACUUUGACAACGGCAACAAAAUUGAAAGCAUACUUACAAACUCCUGUGUGAUAGCUACUUUUAAAUAUAUUUCAAUAAUUUUCAGAAAUUUGCAUUUUUAUUGAGUUGCUGACUGAAUCUAUCUUAUACUGUGCUUCUGCAACAACAAAAAUUAUGCAGAAAAAUUCAUUUGAAUAUCCAUCACUUAAAUGGUGACAAUAACAACUUUAGAGAUCUGUGAUGAUCAUUUAAAUGGAGUAUUCAUCUUCUCAUUGAAGAACAGAUUAAUAUUAUCUAAGUACUUUCGUAUAGAAAACAACCUGUCAAUUUCUGAGGAAAAUAACAUUUUAGAAGCAAAGAACAAGCCUUUCUAAAUCUUCACCUGUCAGUGUUUGGCAUUUAAUCUUUUUGCCAUUUUAAUUUGCCUACUUACAUUGUGUUCAUAUUAUUUUGAAAAGACUUCUCUCCUUUACCAGUGUCCUCAAACGGUUGUGAAUGUUUCAGGAUUAUAGGAAAGCAAAAACUGGAGUAUCUUGAUCUGAUUUGGAACACUGAGUUUUGUUGUUAACGGGUUAAGUUCAGGGGCCUCACCGAGGAGGAGGAAAGGUGGCACUUUAAUGUUUGCUUACUCACAAAAACAGAUAACAGCUUAGGAAUUGUAGUUAUAUCCAGUUAUACAGGUGAGGAGGGGCUGUAGUAAAGACAGAUUAGA